CCCUGAGUCUUUCGGGUUGGGUGGAGGACGUGGCUGCUGCCUCUCGGCUCUGAUCCACACCGCAGAUUCCAGGAUUCUACAAGCAGGAGAUAUCUUAGAAAUCAGGGCUGGGCAGGCAGGAGCCAGGAAAGUAGCCACAAUGACUUCAACAGUACUGGUGGACAUACAAGAAGAGGUGACCUGCCCCAUCUGCCUGGAGCUCCUGACAGAACCCCUGAGCUUAGACUGUGGCCACAGCUUCUGCCAAGCCUGCAUCACAACAAAUAGCAGGGAAUCAGUGAUUGGUCAAGAAGGGGAAAGAAGCUGCCCUGUGUGCCAGACCAGCUACCAGCUUGGGAGCCUGCGGCCUAACCGACAUCUGGCCAACAUAGCGGGGAGGCUCAGAGAGGUGGUGCUGGGCGCUGGGAAGCAGCUGAAAGCAGUUCUUUGUGCAGACCAUGGAGAAAAGCUGCAGCUCUUCUGUAAGGAUGAUGGGAAGGUCAUUUGCUGGCUUUGUGAACGGUCUGAGGAGCACCGUGGUCACCACACGUUCCUCAUGGAGGAGGUUGCCCAGGAAUACCAGGAGAAGUUUCAGGAGUCUCUAAAGAAGCUGAAGAAAGAGCAGCAAGAAGCUGAGAAGCUAACAGCUUUUAUCAGAGAGAAGAGGACAACCUGGAAGAAUCAGAUGGAGCCUGAGAGAUACCGGAUCCAGACAGAGUUUAAUCAGCUGCGGAACAUCCUAGACAGAGCGGAGCAGCGGGAGCUGAAAAAGCUGGAGGAGGAAGAGAAGAAGGGGCUGCGUAUUAUAGAAGAGGCUGAGAAUGACCUGGUCCACCAGAGCCAGUCACUGAGAGAGCUCAUCUCGGAUCUGGAGCGUCGAUGUCAGGGGUCAACAAUGGAGCUGCUGCAGGAUGCGAGAGAUGUCACAGAAAGGAGUGAGUUCUGGACCCUGAGGAAGCCAGAAGCUCUCCCUACAAGGCUGAGAAGUAUGUUUCGAGCCCCAGAUCUGAAAAAGAUGCUGCGAGUGUUUAGAGAGCUGACAGAUGUCCAAAACUACUGGGUGGACGUGACUCUGAAUCCGCACACAGCAAAUUUAAAUCUUGUCCUGGCUAAAAACCUUAGACAGGUGAGGUUUGUGGGAGCUAAAGUAUCUGGACCUUCCUGUCUGGAAAAGCAUCAUGACUGUAGUGUCCUGGGCUCCCAGCACUUCUCCUCUGGGAAGCAUUACUGGGAGGUAGAUGUGGCCAAGAAGACUGCCUGGAUCCUGGGGGUAUGCAGCAAUUCAGUGACACCUGCAUUCUCUUUCGUCCAGUAUGCUAAAAAUCACACUGCUUACUCCAGAUACCAGCCUCAGAGUGGAUACUGGGUGAUUGGGUUACAGCAUAAACAUGAAUAUAGGGCCUAUGAGGAUUCUUCCCCUUCCCUGCUCCUCUCCAUGACAGUGCCCCCUCGCCGUGUUGGGGUUUUCUUAGAUUAUGAGGCUGGCACUGUCUCCUUUUAUAAUGUCACAAACAAUGGCUUCCCCAUCUACACUUUCUCUAAAUAUUACUUUCCCACCACUCUUUGUCCAUAUUUUAAUCCUUGCAACUGUGUGAUUCCUAUGACCCUGCGUCAUCCAAACUCUUGAAUAUUCUUCUGUUCUCACCCACUUCUGAUAAGUGCCCUGAGGCUAAUCAGCAUGUGGUUCUCUCUUCUGAUCUUCUGAUUUUCUGUGUUCUCAAUUCUUUUGUUGUUUUUUUUUUG